AUCCUUCAGUCUCCCACAGGAAGUCAUGGUGGCAUGUAUCCUCACGAGCGAUGAAAACGCCUCCUCCACCCUGGAGAGCAACACCACAAGCAUCACAGCAUUUUCACUGCCUGCGUGGCAGCUGGCCCUCUGGGCCAUGGCUUACCUCUUCCUGGUGCUGGUGGCCGUCACAGGCAACAUCACCGUCAUCUGGAUCAUCCUGGCACAUAAGAGGAUGAGGACGGUGACCAAUUAUUUCAUCGUUAACCUGGCACUGGCCGACACGUGCAUGGCCACUUUCAAUGUCAUCUUCAAUUUUAUCUACGCCAGCCACAAUAUUUGGUACUUUGGCCAAGCCUUCUGCCAUUCCCAGAAUUUCUUCCCCAUCAUGGCCAUGUUUGUCAGCAUUUAUUCCAUGAUGGCUAUCGCUGUAGACAGGUACAUGGCUAUCAUCCAUCCCUUCCAGCCCCGGCUUUCGACCCUCAGCACCAAAGUCAUCAUCGGCGCCAUCUGGCUGGUGGCCUCUGGACUAGCCUUCCCUCAGUUUUUCUACUCCACGGUCACUGUGGACGAGGGGGCCACCAAGUGCAUCGUGGACUGGCCGGAGGACAGCAUGGUCAAGCUCCUUGUGUACCAUCUCGCCGUGAUCGUCCUGACUUACUUCCUGCCGCUGCUGGUGAUGUUCGUCACCUACAGCCUCGUGGGCGUCACCCUCUGGAGACACGCCCCCGGGAGUCAGCUGGUCAGGGUCCCGCAGAGACCGAGGCACGUGGCGGCGAAGAAGAGGUUCGUGAAGACCAUGGUGGUGGCGGUGGUGACUUUCGCCAUCUGCUGGCUGCCCUAUCACCUCUACUUCAUCCUGGGCAUCUUCCAUCAAGACAUCUAUUGCCACAAGUUCAUCCAGCAGGUCUACCUGGCCCUCUUCUGGCUCGCCAUGAGCUCCACCAUGUACAACCCCAUCAUCUACUGCUGCCUCAACCAAAGGUUUCGCUCUGGCUUCCGCCUUGCCUUUCGCUGCUGCCCCUGGGCCACCCCAACAGAUGAAGACCAAUCAAAGCUCUUCCAGAGCCCGUCACUGUUGAUGACCAUCCGCCAGAACCACACCAAGGACGUGUCACCCUCUACUAAAAAGUCAUCUUCCCCAGAAAGCCGGAUGUGAGCCCUGAGGGCCAUCACUUCCUCUUUGCUAUGCUGACGUCACCAAUGGCCUCCCUGCUUCCUUGCCCCGCCCCCCCCCCAACUACUCUUUGGAAAAAGCAACAUCCAAAAACCCGUCUGGAAAGGCAAGCAAGACCCAGGCUGCGUCUCUGGGCAGACACAUAGCUUUUCUCUAAGGCAGUUUCUUAGUUCAAGCCUUUGGAAGGCUAUAAAAUUUUUAAAAAUAAAAUGAGUCACCAAAACUAGGCCAGAGAAUAACUGAUAUUUUUAUCUCAGUUUAAUGUUUAACAAGUGCUUCCUUUAUUAACACUUUGAAGGGAGGCUGCUGUUUUUCAUCCUUUUUUAAACCUUUACUUUUCAUCUUAGAAUCGACACUGUGUAUUGGUUCCAAGGUAGAAGAGUGGUAAAGGGUUAGGCAAUGGGGGGUUAAGUGACUUGACCAGGGUCACCCAGCUGGGAAGUGUCUGAGGCCAGAUUUGAACUCCUAUCUCCAGGCCUAGCACUCUAUCCACUGAGCCACCUAACUGCCCCUUGUCCUUCAUUUUUUAAGAGGACCAAUAACAUCAUGGGUGAUGA